AACGAUGAAAUACAUAAAAGGGAUGGGCAUGUCAAAAUCAAAAUUAAAAAUAGAAAUUUCAUUGAAACUUCUUUAGAGCAAUUAAGUUCGCUCAAUCUGAUUUUUUUUUAAAUGAAAACCGUAUCAUGUUUGUAUUUUUGACCAAGAGAUAAAUGACAUCAUUAUAUUGUAUUUAACUAGUUAUGGUGGGGAGAGAUAAUCCACAACAAAACAAAAAAUAAGUGAGAUUCAUUUUAUUCCAACAAUAAUAUAAUGAUAAAAAAAUGAAAAAAAACUAAGUGCACCAAAACUAGAAAUGUCAGUAAAAGGACGCUUAAAAAAAGACUAAGAGCCAAGAGCUCACACCAAAACUUGAUGAAAAAGUAAAUAAAAACAAGCAGAAUAUCAGACAAAUAAAAUAGCAGCACAACAACAAAAACAAUAUUUGAGAAUAAUGAAAUCUAUAAGAGGGAUAAUAAUGCCAAAAACAAAAUUAAAAAAAGAAAUCCACAAUCUAACCAACACAAAAAUAAAUUAUAUUCAAACAAAAUCAAUUGGUAAUAAAAUUUCUAGCAAGCUCAUCUUCGACCCCAUAUUUCAUUAAACUAAUUAAUUUCAGUUCUAAUUGGUAGAAGCUACUCCCAAGGGAAAUGAAACACAUAUUGUGAGUUUGAUCCUAAGAGUCCCUGCAAUGAAAAUACAACUAAAGAGGUGUGUAUAAAUUAAAGUAAAUAUAUUUCACCUAUUCUCAUAUUGAUUAUCAGUGAAAUGAAAGCUAAGUUAUGUAGUAACAAACAAAAUAAAAGCACACGUCCAAAAAAGAAAGAAAAGAAAGUCGUAGCCGCCCACCCUUCCUCCUCUGCUGCUUUGAGAACCGUGUUAAAAUCAGUUUCUUCAUUUCAACCAAUAUCAGUACAAGCAAUGGUUGUGAGUGAUUGAGUAAUAUUACAACACUACCCAACAAUAAAUGGGUUGCCGAAAUCAGAAGGAAGAAAAAAACAAAAAAACAGAGAGUAAUAUUACAAUAUUAUAUGAGCAUGAUGAAAAUACACUUAUCUUGGAUAAACUCAAACCACAAUACCAACCAAAAUGAAAUGGGUUGCCGGCAACCUGGAAGUAGAGAAUCGAUGGCUAGAACAAAAAAAAAGAAGGAUAAAAAACAAAAUACAGAGGUAAGAUUAAAACUAUUUGAGUAAUUUGCGGUAAAAAUACCUAAGUUUUAUCCCGAGUAGCAGAUAAAUACCUAAGUCGUAUUUUUGGCGGUAAAAAUACCUUCCGUCACACUUCUGGAACUUCCGUAGGUACCUCUCCGUUAAGUGAUAUGUAAGUGUCCACAUGUCAUCUUCGCAUUGGUCCACAUCAUUUAAUUAUUAUUUUUAUUAUUUAAAAAUCAUUUUAAAAUUAAAAAAAAUUAAAUUAAAUAAAAAUAAAAUUAAACCUAAUUAUAAUUUUAAAUACAAAAUAAUAAUAAUAAAUUAACAUUAAAAAUUUAAACUGAAUAAAAUAAAAAAAAAUCAAAACAAACCUAAAACUAAAACUCGUUCUCAUCUCUCUCUUCUCACAGGUUCCCUCUCCGUGCACCUCCGCCCGACCUAGGUUUCUUCUCCGGCGCACCUCCGCCCGACCUCCGUGAGCCAUUCCACCACAACCGAUGGAUGAGAUUCCCACUACCCCCAAGAUUGCAAGCAUCAGACCACACCGAAGCUUGUUCUCCCUCUCGAUCUCGCUCGAGUUCUCUCCACUCUCUCAGUCCCUCUCUUUCUCGAUCCACUCUGUCAGUCCCUCUCUUUCUCGAUUUCUCUCUGCUGGGGUUGAGUGCUGGGAAGCUUGAGUGUUGGGGUUGCACAACGACAUCUGGAUCUGGGAAGCUUGAGUGCUGGGGUUGCAAUCGCCAAGAGGACGACGAUGAUGUUGCAAUCGCACAAGAGGAAGACGAUGAUGCUUCUGUGCACUCAAGAAAAUCGCACAAGGCUUCUAGUUUUGUGAGAAGACGAUUUGAGGUUAUGGGUUUUGUUCUUUUCUGUAAUUUUAGCGUGAUUUAUACAUGAUAGUGAGAUAUGGUAUGUGAAAUAGGGUUGUUGUUGGUGAGGAGGAAGAAGAUGAUGACGAUGGGGGUGUUCUCUGGUUUGCACCUGAAUCGCAUAAGAGAAGGGGGAGAAGAACAGGAUUUUAGUGUUCUCAGAUUUUCUAGGUUUGGAAUUUAAUUUAAUUUAAGUGUUUAUGUUUAAUUAUUUUGUAGGAAUUAGAUUUUUAUAUGAUUUUUAUUAUUAAUCGGUUUUGUAGGAAUUAGAUUUUAAGUUUUAUAUGUUUGUUAAUUUUGUAAUUUUUUUAAUUUAAAAAAAUAAGUUUUAUUUAAUUUUUAAAUAUAUAAGAAUUAAUGAUAAAAAAAAUUGAUUAUAUUUAUUUUUGUUUAUUUUUUAUAUUUUUAAAAUUAUUUUUAAACAUUUAAAUAAUGAAUAAAAAAAAAUUAAUGACAUGGACCAAUGAACGAGUGACACGUAGAUA